CACGCAAAUCUUCCUAAACGUACUCGACUAUCAGCUCAGUUAGUCAAGUUCCAGGAAGUGUUCCACAAACGGACGUUACACGAAGCGACGUGUCUACUUAUCGAAUAGCUGUGAUAGACGUUUGUGUUUACGUGGACUCUAAGAUUACAGGUUUUCGUCUUGAAGUGGGAUUUAAAAGUGCAUUCGAGUCAGAGUGUUCGUUUAGUCUCUAAUGGCAGUGCCAGCGCAGACCUUGUAGCGUUCGACAUCACCGUGAGCAUGAACAACUCAUCGCGUAAAGUGAAAAACCCGUUGCUGUCCGCCGCGGGUCCGGGCUUUCCGUUGGAGAAUUACACGGAGAAUGCAUUGUUGAUGCCUGUCACACCUGCAACUCCCGCCGUACUCCGGGACGAUGCAGAACUCGACAACUUCGUAGGACAGGAGCCGGUCAAUAAUAAUCAGCCUCAAACCUCGUCAAACACGUAUGAACAUUCUUCUACGAAUGCAUCUUGCCAGCCAAACGAAAGUAAAGACACGGCGAAUCAGCCGGCGAGACAGGGAUAUUUCACAUCGAUCUUCUCUUCCUUGCCAAACUUGUCAUUGUCAUCGAGUAAAAACGAUUUUUCGGGAGCGCAAAUAAACCAGACGGCCGAGAAUAUUAGCGAAACGGCACAGGAAUUCCAUCCUUUCGCACUCUCACAAGAGCGUCAAGGUUCUCAGCCAUAUGCACCAGGAUUCUUAGCAACCAAUAUUUCAAAUAUAGAUACAUCAAAAUUUCCUGCUGGUACUAUAUCGAUUCCUCCGCAAUCUACGGUUCCACCUAGUGCAUCUGCAGUUGCUCCAAAUUCUUAUCGACUUGGGAAUCAACGACGUCCGAAGUACGUACCGCCGCCUGAUCUAACAUCUAACAGCGUGAAGGCAUAUCCAGAAGUACAAACGGUCUUCCCGUCUCAAAAUAUAUAUACUACACCACCGACCAUUUUGAAUCCGUACGAGUCAGAGGGGUUCUCGCAAAAUAAGAAUAUUAGUGAGCAGCAAAUCGGUUCUUCGAACGAGCAAGUUCCAACGUUUGAGCAAUUAUCUCGUAACAGCUCUCUUCAUAGCUCGUUUCGAUCUAGUCCAACUGGACUGGCAUAUAACUCAUCUUUAUCGUCCGUAAAUCAGACGAUUUUUCACGACAAUUCUUCUGUGCUUGCAUCGUCGCAAUUUACUUCGUCACCGACUAAACCGAUACCUUCACGGCUACUGGAACCAGCAACACCGCAAAAUACUCCGGCAAACGUCUCGUUCUCCAGCUAUGUCCCUUACCUGAAUCGAGAUCUUCCGUUGUCUAAUACAGAUAAAGAGGUAGUCGCGAUUAAAAGCUCUAAUCAGCUAAAUUCGCCGCCGAAUUUUGCGAAAGACGACAUCUCAGAAACGACGGUAGAACCUGUCAUUAAGCUGUCAUCGACUUCAGAAGAGACUGACGCGAAAUUUAUACCCAUAUCAGCAGCUCAGGUGACAGAGAAAUUGAAACAUAUACUUGAAGAACGCGAAAGAAGCUUUCCACAUGAAACAUCUUCCGAAGCCUCCUCGGAAAUUGAUGAAAGUACAUCCAACGUCACCACCGAAUUAGCGAAGUCCUGUGAACAGCAAAGCGAGACGCCGCAAGCUGCAAACGACUUCAUCGAAAGACCAAACGAGGCGAAGUCAAACAACACUCCGGAAAGAACCGUACAUUCUGCAAGUAAUACCUUGAGUGACGUGUUCCUUGGUCAAAAAUCGACGGCGCUAUCAGUGACUCGUCCGGAAGUGUACAAAGCCGAUAAUAACUUUGUAACCGAUAUCCAAGUGACUCAGUCGAACGCAUAUCCGUCUGAACAUUAUUCUCAACCGACAUCUAUAUCGUGUUCUAUUUUUCAACAGACAGAUAGACCAGCGGAUCAAAAGUCAAGUUUGAAUGACGUAUCGUUCGUACAACCUUCGAACGAAAACGUUCCUUAUGUCCCACCGAGACCAACGGAGCAAUCCGUGAGAGCAUACUUCGAAUCAAUAGCAGAUCGAUUUCCGACUCCCUCAUCUCAGGAGAACAAUUUGAAUCCACCCAUCGCUCAGUCGGUGACGAACGGUCGGAGUACUGCAUCCAGUAAUCAAUCGACGCCCGACCGACCACCACUCCCUAAAUUUUACAAUCCUGCGGACUUUGCGGAGAGUCAACUACUCCAACAGCCGACUUUCUAUACGCCCAACCAGCAUCCCGCACAACAGCAACCGAGUCAAAUUGCACCUCUUUAUGAGAGUAUCAGCGGGUCUCAGCAACUCUCUGGCGUUCACGAAAAUAAUACUGCAUAUCCUGUCUCUAUGACAACAGUACCUGAACCAACGGGAUCUGCCACACUUAGUCCUGUUCAAAUGUCGACCAAUCCGCUAAACAAUCGCUCUGUACAAGAUACCAUCCCACCAAGUUUCCAGAACUUGGCUUCUGGAUCUUCUGAGCAACGUGUACAGUACAGGCCAGUGUAUCAUCAUUGGUUCUAUCGUAAGGAAGUGGAAACCAAAAUAUUAUGGCAUCCGUUCUCCAUGCAGGACAGCUUAAAGUUAGAGGAGGUCCACAAUUCUAGCGAAAUUACGACAGAAACCACAGUAGCUACUGAUGGCGGCCGUUACGAUGUCAGCAUCAUGCGUCGUCAGAGAGCGCCCGUCUAUUGGACCGGAACGUCUAACGAAGUUAGACGAUGUUCUUGGUUCUAUAUGGGACCGGUCGAAUCCAAAUACGUUCCGUACGAGGAAAAAACUGCCACGAGACUUGAGGAGGAAUAUAAACUGGCGUGCAUGACGAAUGACUGGAACCGAAGAAUUGAACUGAAUAACGGAGAAUACAUUCUCUUCCAUAGCGCAACAGUUCAAGUUCAUUAUGCACAACCGAAUCCUUCCGAUUUGUCAGAAUCUUGGGGGAAUAGUACGGAUUCAGCGGACAGUACAUAUUUACAGGGUGCGAACAAGCCGAAAGUCGUUAAAAGGGGAGUUAGCGAUUUCAAUAUAGACGAAGGUGAACCUGAGAAAGUAGAUCAUCUUCUAUUCCUCGUUCAUGGUAUAGGUAGUGUUUGUGACCUGAAGUUCCGCACCGUAGAAGAAGUUGUCGAUGAGUUCCGAAGUAUAUCUCUUCAACUAGUACAGUCUCAUUAUCGCACCGCGAGCGUACAAGGUAUUGUAAAUAGGAUUGAGGUUCUGCCAAUCUCCUGGCAUGCGACGCUGCAUUCCGGCGAUACGGGAAUCGACAAGAAGUUGCAAGCUAUCACGUUAGAGAGUAUUCCGAAGCUGCGGCAUUUUACCAAUGAUACUUUGCUUGACAUACUUUUCUACACUAGUCCCGUAUACUGUCAAACCAUUAUGCAUACGGUCGGAGGUGAAAUGAACAGGUUGCACGCGUUAUUCAAAGAAAGAAACCCGACUUUUGACGGAGGAAUAUACAUAGGCGGUCACUCGUUGGGCAGUUUAAUUCUGUUUGACCUGCUAUGCCAUCAGAAACCAAUUAUAGAGGAAAACGAAGAGGAAAAUGACAACGACGACGGUGAUAAAGGAGAAAGUGAUAGUGUCGGAUCCAUUAAACCAAUGCUCGCGCCUAUUCUAAAGAGACGUCUCAGCAAAAAGAUUAGCUAUGUAAUGGGUGUGGCAGGAACGGGACAACCUUACAUACAUUAUCCGCAACUCAAUUUUCACCCACGUGCUUUCUUUGCACUUGGCAGUCCUAUUGGCAUGUUCGUAACCGUUCGAGGCAUCGAAACUCUUGGGGAUGACUUUGUCUUUCCGACUUGUCCGGCUUUCUUCAAUAUCUUCCAUCCCUUCGAUCCGGUAGCUUACAGAGUGGAAUCUUUGAUUAAUCCCGAAGCCUGCAAGUACCGACCUAUGUUGAUACCGCACCACAAAGGCAGGAAAAGGAUGCAUCUAGAAUUAAAAGAAACUAUGGCACGCGUCGGAGCGGAUUUGAAGCAAAAGGUGCUCGAUUCUGUGAAAAGCACGUGGAAUUCCAUUUUUCAACUGUCCAUGUUUUACAAACCGGACAAUCAAGCUCUAGCGAACGAAAUCGAUAAGGUAGUUGAAGAGCAGUUGCAGCAAUCGCAGAACGAGAUGGAGCAAUGCAUUAACGAUGACGGUAGCGCGGACGUGAUAAUAGGAAAACUAAACGGUGGCAGAAGGAUAGAUUACGUUCUCCAAGAAGCGCCUUUUGAGUACAUCAAUGAAUAUAUUUUCGCUCUUACGAGUCACAUUUGUUACUGGGAAUCCGAAGAUACUAUGCUGUUGAUGCUAAAGGAAAUGUACCAAUCCAUGGGCAUACAGACUGAUGCGCAGCUUCCUCAGCAGACCAUGUCGAUUGAGAGAGUAUCAUCUUCGCCCUCUUUGAAUUUAGGCGCCUUUUCGCCCAGCAGAAGCAACGUAGAAACACCGUCAGCCUGCUCACCUGUUAGGGGAAUGAACCCUAUAGUACCUAUGUCCAACAAACCUGUCGGUCCACCACCUAAGACCGGUUUUGUACCAAAAUCGUGAUCAAUGGGAUGCCUUUCUCGGAACUAUGUACCGCAGUGAUCGAAUCGCGUUGUGUGUGUGAGAGAGAGAGAGAGAGAGAGAGAGAGAGAGAGAGAGAGGGGAAGAAAGAGAGAGAGAGACCAACUUAUUUUCGAUUUGUAUUCGAAACCAAUGAGCCGACGUUGGAAUUGCAUUUGAACGUUGUAGUUAAGACUAAGAGAUCGAACGCAGAAAGAUAAAUCAAACAAUGUAUUUCUUUAUUAUUUAUAGGUUUUCCCAUUAAAUAUUUUUUAAUCAACAAUAUACAUAUGUGAAAUAAUAAUUACAUUAUGACGAGUUCGGCCUAUGCGAUUUAUUGUCUCGAAGAGCUUUGUAUAGGAGAGAAUCAGUUAUUAAAUAUUAAUGACGAGAGAGUGUGAAUAAGAA